GAAGGCUGCAUCUGUGGCGCUACUCCUACGAGGAUGGCUACUCUGGUUGUAAACAAGCUUGGAGCGGGAGUAGACAGUGGCCGGCAGGGCAGCCGGGGGACAGCUGUAGUGAAGGUGCUAGAGUGUGGAGUUUGUGAAGACGUCUUUUCUUUGCAAGGAGACAAAGUUCCUCGCCUUUUGCUUUGUGGCCAUACAGUCUGUCAUGACUGUCUCACUCGCCUACCUCUUCAUGGAAGAGCAAUCCGUUGCCCAUUUGAUCGACAAGUAACAGACCUAGGAGAUUCAGGUGUCUGGGGCUUGAAAAAAAAUUUUGCUUUAUUGGAGCUUUUGGAACGACUGCAGAAUGGGCCUAUUGGUCAAUAUGGAGCUGCAGAAGAAUCCAUUGGGAUAUCUGGAGAGAGCAUCAUUCGUUGUGAUGAAGAUGAAGCUCACCUUGCAUCUGUAUAUUGCACUGUGUGUGCAACUCAUUUGUGCUCUGAGUGUUCUCAAGUUACUCAUUCUACAAAGACAUUAGCAAAGCACAGGCGAGUUCCUCUAGCUGAUAAACCUCAUGAGAAAACCAUGUGCUCUCAGCACCAGGUGCAUGCCAUUGAGUUUGUUUGCUUAGAAGAAGGUUGUCAAACUAGCCCACUCAUGUGCUGUGUCUGCAAAGAAUAUGGAAAACACCAAGGUCACAAGCAUUCAGUAUUGGAACCAGAAGCUAAUCAGAUCCGAGCAUCAAUUUUAGAUAUGGCUCACUGCAUACGGACCUUCACAGAGGAAAUCUCAGAUUAUUCCAGAAAAUUAGUUGGAAUUGUACAGCACAUUGAAGGAGGAGAACAAAUCGUGGAAGAUGGAAUUGGAAUGGCUCACACAGAACAUGUACCAGGGACUGCAGAGAAUGCCCGGUCAUGUAUUCGAGCAUAUUUUUAUGAUCUACAUGAAACUCUGUGUCGUCAAGAAGAAAUGGCUCUAAGUGUUGUUGAUGCUCAUGUUCGUGAAAAAUUGAUUUGGCUUAGGCAGCAACAAGAAGAUAUGACUAUUUUGUUGUCAGAGGUUUCAGCAGCCUGCCUCCAUUGUGAAAAGACUUUGCAGCAGGAUGAUUGUAGAGUUGUCUUGGCAAAACAGGAAAUUACAAGGUUACUGGAAACAUUGCAGAAACAGCAGCAGCAGUUUACAGAAGUUGCAGAUCACAUUCAGUUGGAUGCCAGCAUCCCUGUCACUUUUACAAAGGAUAAUCGAGUUCACAUUGGGCCAAAAAUGGAAAUUCGGGUCGUUACAUUAGGAUUGGAUGGUGCUGGAAAAACUACUAUCUUGUUUAAGUUAAAACAGGAUGAAUUCAUGCAGCCCAUUCCAACAAUUGGUUUUAAUGUGGAAACUGUAGAAUAUAAAAAUCUGAAAUUCACUAUUUGGGAUGUAGGUGGAAAACACAAAUUAAGACCAUUGUGGAAACAUUAUUACCUCAAUACUCAAGCUGUUGUGUUUGUUGUAGAUAGCAGUCAUAGAGACAGAAUUAGUGAAGCACACAGUGAACUUGCAAAGUUGUUAACAGAAAAAGAACUCCGAGAUGCUCUGCUCCUGAUUUUUGCUAACAAACAGGAUGUUGCUGGAGCACUGUCAGUAGAAGAAAUCACUGAACUACUCAGUCUCCAUAAAUUAUGCUGUGGCCGUAGCUGGUAUAUUCAGGGCUGUGAUGCUCGAAGUGGUAUGGGACUGUAUGAAGGGUUGGACUGGCUCUCACGGCAACUUGUGGCUGCUGGAGUACUGGAUGUUGCUUGAUUUUAAAUGCAGCAGUUGUUUGAAGUUUUAUGGUUAAGAGUAACUUUGCAACUAAUAUGUUUUAGGAAAUUAUACAUCUCAAAAGAUGGUAAUUUAGGAUAUAUAUAUAUAAAUAUAAAGGAAUCUUGGAUUGGAUUGGGAAUUCAGCACACUGCUUUAAAAAAAUUUUGUGGCAAAAUUAAAUUUCUAAUUGAGCAG